AUGGAUUCAUCCAAAUCGAUCGCAGAGGUACAUGAUGAGGCCGUUGCUUUGCAUGCUAGGAUUGGGCAACGACACCAGAGCACACCGCUGAACGUCAACCAAAAGGCGAAGUGGGAUGAACUCGAGUUGCUCAGCAGACAGUCGCAGGAGUAUGAUUCUGCAUGGCGAGUGCAAGGCAUUCAGGGCCUCUCUGACGCUCUUCGGAAUCUCGCUCUGACUGAGAAGCAGAAGCGCGGUAGUGGAUCAGCCCCUCCCGUCUGGACAGAGAUCUUAAGGGACACCUUGGACAGAAAUCCAAGAACGAAACUGUACCUUGCGGCCAUGCAUCCUAGUCUUGUUGAGGCUUUGAUACGGGGCGACAUCACGAAGAGGCUGUACGAGAGUGACAGCCAAUUUGAGGCUGUGCUUCACCAGUAUGCUGAGCUCGAUGACUUGCCAGGCACGUACAUCAAUGUUCUAUGCCGCCGCAAGCACAUGCUUGGAGGCCGAACUGGACCCGACGGUUCGAGCAAGUCACAAUGGCCAGGAUACAGCAUGUCUGUGCCGGAGUUGAAGGUUGUCUUGCAAGAAUGUGGAGCUACCGUGGGAGAUGAUGGAGCCAAAAGAGGCGCCACCACGAAACGUCGAUUCGUUGACAAGCCCCGGUCAGUGCAAAUAAUCACAGAGUGGAUUGAUGCUAAGAAUUUUGCGCAAUUGCCACCAAAGCUCUUUGACCAAAACUUCCAAACACUGGCCGGUCUGAACAUCUUCGACUUGAGCUGGGAUGUGGACAGGCAAAAGCGUCAAGCUUUUAGCGCUGCUAUCGAUGCCGCGGUUGCGCUUCCGAAGCUGAAGCAAAACGUCGAGGCGUUAGAGGCAGAAGUGCAAGCCAAGGCAAAGGACAUGAUGACGAAAGUCUCUGGCCUUGUGGUAGCUGAUCGAGCCCGGAGGAAUGUGCUUGGCUCCAUUCAGAAGUGGCGCAACUCACGUCCCGCGGUACCUCGACAGGAAGUACUUCGUCAAAAUGACAAGGGAAACACCGCGUCGUUCGUUUCGGACGAGGGCGAGGUUAGCUACAUGGACCUGACAGCGUCAACCACGCCAGCCUCAUGCGGGCGAAGGCGCUCGAAUGCCGAGGACGAGGAGGAUGACGAUGAUGAUGAAGGCGCUCAGCCGCGAAAGCGAGCUAGAGCCAAAGACUCUUCACCAGAGCUGUGA